AUGGAUGAACAUACGAAAGUAUCUGAUCAUCUAAGUCUUCUAAAUGGUAUUGUUUCUGAAUUAGAAACUAUUGGAGUCAAUAUUGAUGAUGAAUAUAAAGCUUUGAGACUCAUAUGGUCUCUUCCAUCUUCCUAUGAGCAUAUUAAACCUGUUUUAAUAUAUGGGAAGGAAACUUUGAGCUUUGAAGAAGUUACUAGUAAGAUUAUUUAUGAAUAA